CCACCCCACCGUGAAAACCCAUCCAAAAUCCCAAGCAAACCAAGCGCUUAAACCACUCCCACCGAGACUUCAAAUCCCAUACAAAACUCGACUCUUCAAGCCCGAAUUAGCUAGCUUUCCCCGACGACGAGAUGGCUCCCGAGCUGUCCCGCAAGAUGACCACCGCCAAGGCUGCUGCUGCUGCCGUGAAGCCCGCGACGAAGGCGUUCGUGACGUUCCUGGCGGGCGACGGCGACUACUGGAAGGGCGUGGUCGGGCUGGCCAAGGGCUUGCGCAAGGCCGGCUCAGCUUACCCGCUAGUCGUGGCCAUGCUGCCCGACGUGCCAGAGUCCCACCGCCGUAUCCUUGCCUCCCAGGGCUGCAUCCUCCGCGAGAUCGUCCCUGUGUACCCGCCCGAGAACCAGACCCAGUUCGCCAUGGCCUACUACGUCAUCAACUACUCCAAGCUCCGUAUCUGGGAGUUUGUGGAGUACGAGAGGAUGGUGUACCUCGACGCUGACAUCCAGGUGUUCGACAACGUGGACGAGCUGUUUGAUCUGCCCAAGGGGCACUUCUACGCCGUGAUGGACUGCUUCUGCGAGAAGACGUGGAGCCACACCCCGCAGUACCAGAUCGGCUACUGCCAGCAGUGCCCCGACAGGGUGACGUGGCCGGCCGCCGAGAUGGGCCCGCCCCCGGCGCUUUACUUCAACGCCGGCAUGUUCGUGCACGAGCCCAGCAUGGCCACCGCCAAGGCGCUCCUCGACACCCUCCGCGUGUCGCCGACAACUCCAUUUGCAGAGCAGGACUUCUUGAACGUGUUCUUCAGGGAGCAGUACAAGCCGAUCCCGCUGGUGUACAACCUCGUGCUGGCCAUGCUCUGGAGGCAUCCCGAGAACGUCCAGCUCGCGAAGGUCAAGGCGGUGCACUACUGCGCAGCGGGUUCCAAGCCAUGGAGGUUCACAGGCAAGGAGGCCAACAUGGACAGGGAGGACAUCAAGGUGCUCGUGAAGAAGUGGUGGGACAUCUACAACGACGAGAGCCUGGACUUCAAGGGCCUGCCCGCCGACGCCGACGAGCUCGAGGCGGCGGCCAAGAAGCCGAUUCGCGCCGCGCUGGCGGAGGCCGGCACCGUCAAGUACAUCACUGCGCCCUCGGCCGCGUGAUUGGUGGCACCCUAUCGCUUCCCUCCAGGUGGCGUACGUUCGUUCGACGGGAAAAGCGGCCACGUAUAGAAACAUCUACAUUUUGGUAUUUUGGGUCCAAUUUGUGUCCAGUGUUGUCUAAGCUAGUGUACUCAUUUGAGUUGAUCGAAAGAGUCCAGCUGUGUAAAAUACUCUUGACCUUUUUUUGUCAAGUAGUAGUAGAGUAUUGUAGUCCUGUAAAAAAGGAAUUAUGUGUGUGAAUUAAUGAGAAGCUGUAUAGGUUAUGGCAUCUUUGUCAUGCAUGUCUCGCUCACUUAUGUUUGGUACCGAA